AACAUAUCUCCCAGACUUCGGCAAGGCAACAAACAUAUUUUACCUAAAAUCUUAUCUACCUUUUUAAUUCCAGUUUUAAUAAAAAAAAUUACCGUUCUUGCACUAUGGCGAAGUGGUUUUUCACUAUCUUCUUCGUUUUUGCCCUAGCCUCUGCUUUAGCUUGUAACGCAAGAAAUGUCCCAGCUGGAGGCCUCUCUGACCAGAAGAACUACCUCGGUUAUGGUGGCGGAUAUACUGGCGUUGGAGACAAUGGUCUUCCGUUCAGUGGCGUUGGUGGAGGUGUGUCUGGUCCUGGAGGUAAUCUUGGUUUUGGAGGAUUUGGCGGCGCUGGUGGCUUAGGCGGUGGUUUGGGCGGUGGACCAGGCACUGGAUUAGGCGGUGGUGGCUUAGGCGGUGGUGGCUUAGGCGGUGGAAGUGGGAUUGGUGCUGGAACCGGUGGAGGAAGUACCGGAGGAUUUCAUUUCCCUUGAGUUUGUUACAUUGGUUUUAAGGUUUCGUACGGUCCUUGAGCUAGGUCUAGCUUAAGAUGAUGUCAUGAAUAAUCUAUCAUAUCGUUUUAGGGUUGGACUUUGCGAUUAUCUUAGCUUUUAACGUGUGUCUUAAGUUAUUAUGGCGUCUUUGAAUCAGUCUCGUACGUGUCUUGUAGUGUCAUGGCUUGGUCCAUUUUCAAAUUCUACUUUUGACUUCUUUUUUAGUGUCUCACUCGAUGAGUUCAUGUCAUGAUGUCAACAUCUAUGAUUACUUUUUUCUUCGUCAUUA